ACAAAAAAUGGCAGCGGUGAGAGAAGAGAAGUAUCGCAAACAUCUGGCAGUGACACUGCUCUAUGCAGUUGCAAAGAAAAAAAUUAUCAAGCGACGUAAGUUGAAUGUGCUUACAACGAAGGACAGCAGAACACAAGACGAGGAGUGUAUUGCUGAUGAGGAAGAUGAAGUGGCCGGUCAGGAAAAGCAGUUGGAAACUACAAGCAUUUACUCCGGUGCCCCAGAGGAGCGCGAGAACACUCCAAAGAGAGGGGUCCAUGAUGAGAAUGGUACCCUGGAUGCAUUCUCUUUUCUGCAUACUUGUCCACACUGUUACCGUGGUUACAAACAUCAUACUUCUCUGAAGAAACACAUGAAAAUUUGGCAUGAAAAGAGAGACAACUACUGCUGUUCCCUCUGUAGCUACACCUUCGCCUACCACACACAACUCGUCCGUCACAUGACCUCACACAGGCAUGUCCGGGAGCAGAAGACUAUUUCUCAGUCAGUUGGAAACCGAAGGUUUAAAUGUACAGAAUGUUCCAAGGCCUUCAAAUACAAACAUCACCUGAAAGAGCACCUGCGCAUUCACAGUGGUGAGAAGCCAUAUGAAUGCUUUAAUUGUCAGAGACGUUUCUCUCACUCUGGGACCUACAGCGCUCAUAUCACCACUAAGAAGUGUGCGGGCGGGAACCCUGCUGUCAAAAGUGUGCCUCUCAGUCCUAGAAUGAAAGCAGCCAUGACCCUCCCUCUCCCCACACACAUCCUUCUGAGAGGAAAGGUAGACAUUGCCAACAAGCCUCAACAAGAGCUAUUCCCCCUGAAGCAGAUAAAACAGGAGCCUGUUGAACAUCAACCCAAAGCGGUGUCAGCAACACCAACUAUAAACACCACCACCAAUGGAGCUGUGGCCACAAACGCUAAAGGUGUUGUGCAGACUUUGGUCAUGCCCACUGUCGGGCUGGUCCAGCCAAUCAGCAUUAACCUUAGUGACUUACAGAGUGUGCUGCAUGUGUUGGCUAGUGCUAAUGUUAAUAGCACGAAUACGCAGCCACCGGCGAUCUCUGCCAUCUCUCUGCCAGUUGUGGGACAAGAUGGAAAUGCCAAAAUUAUCAACCACAACCCCCAAUUAGACUCACAAUUUAAUGAAGUUAAAUUAAAUGCUACACAGCCUGUUGUGACGCAGCCUACUGUGACACAAGCCAGUACAGCUCAGGCAAAAUAUAUGGUCUCUGUCACACAGCCAAAAGGGGGGCAGAUUGAUUCAGCACAGUCCAACUUGACUGAAACCCAAACAUUAAGUACACUCAAUGCAAAACCUACACAGGUAAUUAUCAUCAAACCAGUCCAAGCCGGAAACCCCACUAAACCGGCAUCUAUCAUCAGACUAACCCCUGCACCGGCUGCCAGGUUGUUCCAAGCCUGUGCGGCACAACCAAAGCACACCCAGCAAUCUUUACUGCUAGUGAGGAGAGCAGAUGGGACACAGACUCUUGUGGUUCGACAAGUAGCUAUAGCCAGUCCCAACACACAGAGCAAUCCUACAGUGGAGACAAAGCCCACUGAGAUAAAAUCAUCCCUAGAAAAGACUACAAAUACUGCACUUGUACCACAGGCCGAUAGGAGGGAGACAACAGAAAAUACGGGUUCCUUUGAGUCUAAUGUUUGUAAACAACACUUGACUGCCAAUGUAUCAUUGGGCAUCAAAAUCAAAACUGAACUUGACUCUCCCUCCAAGAUUGAGACUGAAAUGGAGGAGGGAGGAGAGAAAGAUAUGGAGACAGACGGAGAUAAAGAGGAAGUGAUGCAAGCUACAAAUAAUGUAGUCUCUCACUCUGGAACAGUUCAUAGCCAUGUUGCGUGUGGAGACAACUUCCAUAACUACGCAAGUUGUUUGCUUUGCGAAAGUGGCCCAAGCAAACACCAACUCCUUGACUCUCGGAACAGUGACACCAAGGGGUUGCCUAAAAUUAUCUCUCUGUCCUCUCUACUUAAAAAGGACAAGAGUGGAGCAGCAGAGCGCCUCCUUCCUCUCCUGAAGGCCUAUAGUCAGGACCCUAAUCCCACUGAGGAGCAGCUGUAUCAGGUUGCCAAGUCAGUUAAGCUGCCUCUAGAGGCUGUCUGCAAGUGGUACCAGAAGAUGCAUUCCAAGAAGAUUUUGCUUAAGGCUGCAACUUGAAAAACAGCCAACAUACUGAGGAAAAUUCCCCAUGUAAUCCUACUGAUGUGUCUCAAGAAAAGAACUCUACCCAAGACACCUUGCGUUCCUACUCAACCUCUUGACGGCACCUCAACGGACACCCAAAAUUGAACUCUGUGCUACUUCACCUGACUCAUCUCCAGCCAUUUUGUUUGUUUGACUUUCAGCGCUGCGCAGGCUGAUCUGCACUGGAUUUGAAGCAGUGCAUGUUGGUUAGAACUUUUGUCCGAGUUGAGACGGUGCCACCGCCAUGUCACCGUGAUCAUGAAAGCACUGCGAAAGUGGUUCGAGAGCAGCUGCCUGGCACAGCAGCUGAAGUUGCUCCAAAGUGGCUGGACAUGCUCUGAUGACCACACAGCUUAUUCUUAAAAAAUGGGGAUAGACCUUGUUAGCAUGAGAAACAUCUUUAUUCAUAUGCUCUCGGUCAAGCGGAAAAACAGGAUGCAGCCAUUGGUAGACAAUCUUAUAGAAUACCUUGAAACCCAAAAUACCUUGUCCCAGUACCCAGUAGUUAUCAAGUAAUUUUUACGAAAUUUGACUUGUGGACCAGUGAGGUGGGGAUUCAUUUACUGAAAGGAGGAAACCUAAAGGGAAGAGUUCACUGGACUCCAGGGCCCCCAAGGACUGGGUUGGCCCCCAAGAACUAUUGCUCUUCAGAUCUUCCCUGGGAUCCUCACUGUGUGUGUCCUAGUGUUUCCUUGUGUUGGGUGGUGUGCUUUAUUUUUUUCUGCAGUUUGUUAAUGAGUUAGUGUAAUGGAGCCAGCUGGUACGUCAUAGCUGUGCAGUGUGUAACCCCCCCGGCCUCAAGAGGCGCACUAGUGACUGAUGCUAGGGGCUGUAGCCUUAAGCCUCCUCGUUAGCACGCCUGCCUCCGGUUGGAAUCCGGCUCGGAGCGAAUCGAGUAGGACCGGUUAUGCUAGUAGAUGACUAGAUUCAACCAUUUCAGAAACAACAGCAUCGUUUGACUUUCUGUUCUUCUUUUGUCUUCAAUACAUAAAGUUACAAAAAAUACAAAAGCAUCUAAUUUAAUUCCUCCUGAAGAAGCUUCAGUCGUAAAAGACAUCAUAAGAGAAGGGAGUGACUGGACAUGAUUGUGGUGACUGGAGAGUGCUGUAAUGUUACAUUCAGGACUGUGAAUAUACUUGACUAUUUCCCCUCCGAAACUUAGUGAUUCAGAUGGUUUUAGCCUAAUACAUGUGUAGAUAUGUCUGCCCCAACACCAGUGUCUGAAAGAAAAGUCAACCUCGUUUUGUUAUAAGAUUCCAUUUGCAAAGAGUCUUUCAUCUUUGCUGUAAACUUUGUUUGUUUGUCUAUAAAAAAAAACAACAUAUGCUUCCCUCAGAUGUUGACCAGUUUUAAAGUAAAACAAUAAAUCUAA